UUGGUUGCGCUGAAAACGAGGGUAACUACAAGACAAUAAAACAUAAAUUUCUUUUAAAUAUUUAUAUAUAUGUAUGUGUGAGUAUUGCCCCAACUCUGGAAAAUAAAGUACCUUCUGUCUUUAUUGAUAUUGAUUAAUCAACUUUUCAAGAAUUGAACUUUAUCUAUGCUGAAUUUGGUUGCUGAAAGGUGGAGCAAGUGUUGACUGCUGAAAUUUAUGUGUUUUAUUCCAGUUGAAAUUUCAUUUUAGGAUUAUUUUCUUUCCCCAUUUUUCUUGGCAACCAAAAAGAUAGUGUGAGUUCCAGUCUUAUGUCUAGUUUCCAUGCUUUUUGAAUACACACACGCACACGUUUUUGCGUCAAGGACUUGACAGGUUAUGGAACAAACCUAGUUUUAUCGUGCUGUCUUCUCCUUUUCUUUAUCUAUUAUUUAAUUCCUUUAAGUUGUUCUGCAUACCCAUGUUUGAUAAAGGGGAUAUCUCCUUCCAGGCCCCGGAAGUGAAGACUAGCUUUUGUUCAAACCAUGCUUUUGGGCUGCAUUCUAUUCCUAAUUUUAUUUAGUACUUCUUCAUGAGCUCCAGUCUUAUUUAGUGUCCAAAGUGGUGCCCUGUGAUUAUUCUUCAGGUGUAUAUUACCUUGUUAUUCUCUUCUAACCCUCACUUAUUGGUAUCUGAUCAAUUCUUCCUGUUGCUUAUACUCGCUUCCUUCUUGUAUCAUCAAACUGUCACCCAUUAAUACAUCACCAACAUCGUUUGACUCCAAAUUCAAAGUACAUUCUAAAUUAUAAAUUAUUCUAAUUGAUAAUAUUGGUCUGGAUACUGCCCUCCAAAAACAAAAUUAAUAUAAUUGCAUUUCAUGCUCCUUGUAAACUCUAAUUAGGUUAUUCUCAUGUAUACUCCCUGUGUAUUUGGUCUUUGCCUACUUCUAUAAAUAAAACUUCUUGAUCACCUAACAAAACAAAUUGCAUUUCAUGCUCCACAUUUUUAAGUCAAUCAAUCUUUCUUAGGCGAAAGAGAGGAUAUCUCAAGCGACCAGUUCAGGUGCAAAAUACUAUCAUUAACGGCUGGUAUUUUAGGAAAUUAUCAUUUAUUUUAUUUUUUUGGGCGAAACUAUCAAAGCUCUGAAAGUAAACAUUAGUUUUUGUUCAAACCAUACUUUGGGGCUGCAGCCUGCAAUCAAUACCUGAUCUUAUUAAGGAAAUCAUCAUUGCUUUCUUUGAGGCGCUCAUAUGGCUACACUUAAGGAUAUAGAAGUUGCAGCGGCGAUCAAUAUCCUCACUGCAUUUGCUUUCUUUGUGGCAUUUGCCAUACUUCGGCUUCAACCCAUCAAUGAUAGAGUCUACUUUCCAAAAUGGUAUCUGAAGGGUUUAAGAAGCAGUCCACUCAACAGUGGUGCAUUUGUAGGCAGGUUCGUUAAUUUGGACUUCAGGUCAUACAUCAGGUUUUUGAACUGGAUGCCUGAUGCAAUGCAAAUGCCAGAACCUGAGCUAAUUGAUCAUGCAGGGUUGGAUUCUACUGUUUACUUGAGGAUCUACUUAGUAGGGCUAAAAAUUUUUGUUCCUAUUACAUUCCUGGCUUUUGCAAUCAUGGUACCUGUCAAUUGGACUAAUGUCACCUUGGAGCACUCAAAUUUAACUUAUAGUGACAUAGAUAAGCUUUCUAUUUCAAAUAUUCCAAUCGGAUCUCAUAGAUUUUGGACCCAUUUGGUAAUGGCUUAUGUUUUUACCUUCUGGACAUGCUAUGUUUUAAAAAAGGAGUAUGAGAUAGUUGCAUCAAUGAGAUUACAUUUUCUUGCAUCAGAACACCGGCGACCUGAUCAGUUUACAGUAAUGGUAAGAAAUGUGCCACCAGAUCCUGAUGAAUCAGUUGAUGAGCUUGUGGAACACUUUUUUCUGGUCAACCACCCUGACCACUAUCUCACCUAUCAGGUAGUUUACAAUGCAAACAGACUUUCUAAUCUUGUCAAGGAGAAGGAAAAACUGCAGAACUGGCUUGACUACUAUCAACUUAAAUAUUCAAGAAAUCAAUCUAUGAGGCCAUCUUCAAAGACUGGCUUUCUAGGUCUUUGUGGUGAAAGGGUGGAUGCAAUUGAUUUUUAUACAUCUAAGAUUGAAAAUCUCUCGGAAGAGAUAGCCUCAGAGAGGGAGAAUAUUAUCAGCAGUCCUAAAUCAGUCAUGCCAGCAGCAUUUGUUUCUUUCAAAACUCGUUGGGGUGCUGCUGUUUGUGCACAAACUCAACAAUCAAGGAAUCCAACUAUAUGGUUAACUGAGUGGGCUCCAGAGCCACGUGAUGUAUAUUGGGAUAACUUGGCGAUUCCUUAUGUUUCACUCACAAUUAGGAAGCUUAUUGUUGCGGUUGCUUUCUUCUUCCUUACCUUCUUUUUCAUGAUCCCUAUUGCAUUUGUACAGUCACUUGCAAACAUUGAGGGUAUUGAGAAAGCAGUCCCUUUCCUAAAGCCCAUAAUUGAAAUAAAAUUCAUAAAGUCAUUUAUCCAAGGUUUCCUUCCAGGAAUUGCUUUGAAGAUUUUUCUCAUUUUUCUACCGGCAAUAUUGAUGCUAAUGUCAAAAUUUGAAGGAUUUAUUAGCAUUUCUGCUCUAGAGAGGAUCUCUGCAACUAGAUACUAUAUUUUCCAAUUUAUUAAUGUCUUUCUUGGGAGCAUAAUUACUGGAACUGCAUUCCAACAACUAGAUAAUUUCAUCCACCAGUCAGCAACUGAUAUCCCAAAGACAAUUGGUGCUUCCAUUCCGAUGAAGGCAACCUUCUUCAUAACUUAUAUAAUGGUUGAUGGGUGGGCUGGUGUUGCUGGAGAAAUUCUAAGGUUAAAGCCAUUGAUAAUUUAUCACUUGAAAAAUUUUUUACUGGUCAAGACUGAAAAGGAUAGGGAAGAGGCAAUGGAUCCUGGAACCCUUGGUUUCAAUACAGGAGAACCUCAAAUACAACUUUAUUUCUUGCUUGGCCUUGUUUAUGCCGUGGUGACUCCCAUUUUGCUCCCUUUCAUCAUAGUAUUCUUUGGCCUGGCAUAUGUUGUAUACCGGCAUCAGAUUAUAAAUGUCUACAAUCAGGAGUACGAGAGUGCUGCCGCAUUCUGGCCUGAUGUCCAUGGGCGCAUAAUAGUUGCUCUAGUUGUUUCCCAGUUGCUACUAAUGGGAUUACUAAGUACUAAAGGAGCUGCUCAGUCAACUCCAUUGCUUAUCGUGCUCCCAGUGUUGACCAUAUGGUUUCAUAUAUUUUGCAAAGGCCGUUAUGAACCUGCUUUUGUUAGAUAUCCAUUGCAGGAAGCAAUGAUGAAAGAUACCUUGGAACGUGCAAGGGAGCCAAACCUAAACAUGAAAGGCUUUCUACAAAAUUCCUACAUGCACCCAGUUUUCAAGGAAGGAGAUGAUAGUGAGAGUGAUGUUGCUUCGGGAGAUGGGGAUCAGGAACCCGACCUCGUCCCAACAAAGCGUCAGUCGCGAAGGAAUACACCACUGCCCAGCAAGCAUAGCGGUUCAGUAUCAUCCCUGCCUGAAGCUGUUCAGGAGCAUGCUCAACUUUUAUAGUGCAACUUGGGACUCUCCUCCACUUUAUAUUUUGGCACAUAAGAUCAACAGAAGGCAGUUGUAGUUCAUUCUCUAGUAAAGCAAAAUAAAGAAAAAAGAAAAAAGAAAAAAAAAUUGAUACACAUUACUUAGUUUAGGUACGGUUUUCUAAAGUGCUUUCUAUUUUGGCCUUUAGGUCUUGGUUAAAAGGACAUUAGUAACUGUGGCUUGGCAUCAACGAAGUUAGGCUUUAAUUAAGUUAUCAGCCGAACUUGAAGGUUUCAUUAAAAAAGAAGAAGAUAGAUAUAGAAAAGUAGCCCUACAAUAUUUUAUUGAACACUUAGCUGUCCUAAAAAUCCUAGGGCAACAAUAAAUAUUGUAAAGUUUAUUUUACGUGUCUAUCUCUCUCACUUGAGGUCAAAUUCAAUAAAACUUGACAUCUUCUUUUCUAACCAUUUGAAUUCACAAAAUCCGA